UUACACACUGACUCUUCUCUCUCUCCCUCUCGCCUUCUUCCUUUGCCCUCAAACGCCUAUUCAAACAUAUUUUCUGUUUCUUUUCCUUUCCGAAACGCCAUGACCGCCAUAGCUACUGCUGGUGCUUUGUCUUUGCCAAUCUCUUUACGCAGAUCAUGCAAGUUUAGUUCUAAAAAGUUUCAGGGUAUUAAAAGAGGGUUUAGGGUGUAUGCGGUGUUUGGUGAGGAAAGUAGCUUGGAGGAUAAGAAGAGCCAAUGGGGCACUCUCUUUGAUGUUGAAGAUCCAAGGUCUAAAGUUCCACAAUGUAAAGGGAAGUUCUUAGAUGUAUAUCAGGCAUUGGAAGUGGCUAGAUACGAUAUUCAGUACUGCGAUUGGCGAGCUCGGCAAGAUUUACUUACAAUCAUGCUUCUUCAUGAAAAGGUAGUGGAAGUGUUGAAUCCUCUAGCUCGUGAAUACAAGUCUAUUGGCACCAUGAAAAGAGAGCUUGCAGAAUUGCAAGGAGAAUUAGCACAAGCUCAUAAACAGGUACAUAUAUCUGAAGCAAGGGUUGCUACCGCUUUGGAUAAACUAGCUUACAUGGAGGAAUUGGUUAAUGAUAAGCUGUUAGAAGAUAGAAAUGCAACAGGGUCCGAUGUAGCGUCCCCUUCUUCUAGUACAUCAACAGAAUCUUUGGAAGUGAAGAGGAAGUUGCCUCGAAAAAGCUUGGAUGUGUCAGGUCCAGUUAAACCAUAUCACCCGCGCUUGAAGAAUUUCUGGUAUCCCGUUGCUUUCUCCACGGAUCUGAAAGAUGACACUAUGAUUCCGAUCGAUUGUUUUGAAGAGCCAUGGGUUCUUUUUCGUGGAAAAGACAGGAAUCCAGGAUGCGUCCAGAACACUUGUGCACAUAGAGCAUGUCCUCUUCAUCUUGGUUCAGUUAAUGAGGGUCGUAUCCAAUGUCCCUACCAUGGCUGGGAAUACACGACAGAUGGAAAAUGUGAAAAAAUGCCGUCUACGCGAUUACUUAAUGUGAAGAUAAGGUCAUUGCCAUGUUUAGAGCAAGAGGGAAUGAUCUGGAUCUGGCCUGGAGAUGACCCUCCUACGCCAACACUUCCUUCCUUACAACCUCCUUCUGGAUUUGUAAUUCAUGCUGAGAUUGUCAUGGAACUUCCGAUUGAACACGGACUACUUUUGGAUAACCUUUUGGAUCUCGCUCAUGCACCUUUUACUCACACUUCCACAUUUGCAAAGGGAUGGACCGUUCCAAGUUUGGUGAAGUUUUUGACACCUGCAUCAGGUCUCCAAGGAUACUGGGACCCUUAUCCCAUUGAUAUGGAAUUUCGACCACCUUGUAUGGUGUUAUCAACCAUUGGGAUAUCAAAGCCGGGAAAACUCGAAGGACAAAGUACCAAGGAAUGCACAACACACCUUCACCAGCUUCAUGUAUGCAUACCUUCAUCGAGAAAUAAGACGAGAUUAUUAUAUAGAAUGUCACUCGAUUUUGCUCCCGUGUUGAAGCACAUUCCUUUUAUGCAUUAUUUAUGGAGGCACUUUGCCGAGCAGGUCUUGAAUGAGGAUCUGCGACUCGUAAUCGGCCAGCAAGAGCGAAUGAUUAAUGGGGCAAACGUGUGGAAUUUGCCUGUUGCCUAUGAUAAACUAGGAAUGAGGUACAGAUUAUGGAGAAAUGCUGUCGACCAGGGAGAUAAACAAUUACCCUUCAGCAAACCAAUGUAAAUUCCAACUCUAGCAACCGACUUCCAUUCUUUGGACCGACUCUCUGCACACUUGAACAUGCUUGGUAGGCGAUCUACCAGAAUUGAAGAUACUUUUUUAAGGUUUGGCAUUGGCACAAGGUGGACAACUAUGAAGAUUCAGCAGACACUCUGAUAAACCAACACGGAUACGAAUUGAUCUCUCCAAACAAGCCAGCCAUUGUAAAAUUAUAGAAACUGUACACUGCUUUUAUAGUUUUUGUGUACAGUCAAAAGCACUUCUUUUUUCUUUUUUAUCUACCACUGAUAGCUCUGAGUCCGACCAGACAGUUUGGAAAAUUUUGGCCUUAGAACUUAGAAGCCAAUGUUUGUUAAUCUCUUGUCCAGCUGCAAACAUCUUUGUAUUAUAGUAACUGAUGUUUUAAUGAAAAUUCCCAAGAUUUGCAGUUCA